AUGAUCCUUCCAGAGAACUACUAUUGGGAGGCUCAGUUUAAUGAUGAAGUGUACUACAAAUGGAAAGCGCACACACAAACUACAAUUUGUGGCAAAAUUAGCAAGAAAAAGAGAGAAAACCAGAAGCCCAAGUACAUAAGUGAAGCUGACUGGACCACUCUGCUGGAGUAUUGGUCAACUGAACCGGCAAUCAAGAAGAGUAAGGAUGCGGCUACAUACCGCACAUCAAACCCCGAUGGAAAAGGGAUGCACAAGCAUUGUGCAGGUCCUCAAAGUUUUUUGAAGAUCGAGUAUGAUAUGAUGGUGGAGUCUGGUCUUGAUGAACCACCACCUUACACGGAGCUUGUGCGAAAGACACACACACGAGAUGGAAGUUUCAUUGACAGUCGAGCUGAGACUCUUGUCCUUGAAGUAGAGGAAGCCGUAGCACAGAUGGAAACUGAUUCUGUUAGCCAAACCACCUCAACUGCUGCAACUCCUUCUCGCCUUCUCCUUAACCAAGAAUUUCUCAAGCGAAGUAAGACAAGCCGAGGCCGAGUAUAUGGAAUAGGCAGUGUGCAGCACAAUAAUUUCAUUCCUACUGAGUCAGUCCAUGCAUCUCUUAAUCGCAGCAUUGAUACGGACAUGCGUAUGUCCAGUUUGGAGACUAAUUCUGAAGCUGUCAAGACCAAUGUCGAAACUCUCAAGUCAUACAUGACUGAACUCAAGGGAAAUGUGGUGGGAAUGAAGGAUGAGAUGAAGGAGGAGCUAGUGGCCACAUGA